AACAUCCAAUUGCGGGGACAGCUCAAGCGUGUAAACAAGUCGACCAGCUUCAUCAUCAGCAUCGUCACCAUGGCGCUCGGAAAGAAGCCAUACCCUAAGGCGACCGUCAAGAAGAUCAUCAAGGCGCAUUCUAAUCACAAUAUCAAAAAGAAUGCCGACGUCACGAUCUUCCUCGACUAUGUCCUGUUCAUGGAAACUCUAGUCAAGGAAGCGGCGAUUCAAUCGAAGCAAUCGGGCGAGCGAGGACUGUCUGCGCGAAGCGUCAAGAAGGUGACGAGAGACACUUUGACAAAGUUCAAGGGCUGA